CCUUAGCUUCCGGUGUCGUGUUUGCUAACUGGUGUUGAUGUAUUUUUCUCCGGACUCGGUUCGUUUUUCUGCAUUAGAAAGUGGGAAAAAUACGCCGCUGACGGAGUAAGCCAGACCCAAAACGAGUCGAAAGGUUUUCACAAGAAACAUUAACCUCAGCAAGCUAUGAAGAAACACGGCUAGUUGUGGCUGUUUACAACUAUUUCAGAUGGAGAAAGUGUAGCAUUGCUUGUGGAAAUGAAUAUUGGCUCUAAAACUAAGAAACGGGUGGUUCUGCCCAGCCGACCCGAGCUCCCCACUGUGGAUCAGCUGCUGGAGGACAUCCACAGAGCUGCUCCUGAUGACCCAGUUUUCAGCAUCCUAGAGAGAACCGAGCAGGCUUCGUCCCGGUCGGCGGACAGCGAGGCGGAACUGCGCUUCCAGCAGAGCCGCCGCUAUUUGGAUCUGAACGGCCGACUGGAGGAGGCGCUGGGUCAGCUGCAGAACCAGAGGGAGGCGCUGCAGACGGCCGGGGGAGAGCUGGACAGGACGGUGGAGGAGGUCAAAGGUCAAGUCUGCUGACUCCGCUUCUUCUUCUCUUUAACUGAACUCUGCUACUGGAAACCCAGACAGACAGUGAUGGCUGACCUUCGACCUGACCUGUUACAUCGCUUCAUGGUCCCCGAAUGUUUCUGGUCAGGAAAAGUGUUGCGAUCUAAAGUAUGACCAUGAAAAUAAAUGAGAAAUGUGCAGAAAUAAAAAUCAGAGUGGAAAGGAAAAGUGAGAAAAAAGUAAAAGUAUUAGUUUUUCAAUAUUUGUUUUUUUUCAUAUUUAUGCUAAGCUUUAUUCUUAUGUUUUUGUAAAUAAGUGUGAAACAUAAAGCAGUGCAUGUUUAAUUUUUAUUUCAAAGAUAACCUCUUGAGAUGUUUUUUGUGGGGGUCCUUACAAAAACAUAAAUAUUAAAGCAAAAAGUAAUAACAUGAAUGAAUAAUAUUCAGGUACCCUAACCUUUUCUCAUGUGUAGAUGUUCACCCUCAUUUAUUUAAAGCAUUAAUCACAAAUUAAUAUUUUAUUUCAAAGUGAAACUGACAUUUUUUUCCUCUAAGUUGAGAAAAAGAAAACAAGACAAGCUUCAACUCUGACAUUUGAUUAAGAGAGAAUUAUUAAGGUUUCCAGUUCACAAAAUGUUCACAUUUUCAACAUCCUUUGCAGAGACUGAUCUGAUCAAACUGAAUCAUUCCUGUUUGUAAAUGUUCAAUGUUUCCCGGCCGCCAUUUUUCCUGCUGCACCUCAACAACAAACGUGUCCAGAAAUAUUUCUGUAUUUUUGUGUCGUGUUGGCAAAAGUUAGCAUCUAUAUUUUCAUCAGUGCAGAUGUGACCGGGUUGCUCUUCUUCUACCCACCAGUAGAUGGUGGAUGUUCUGUUCUGUUCCGUUCGGUUGUGUUUAAAAUGUUCACAUUACAGACCAGAAUCUCCCAGUGGGAAAAAAAACAAAAACAAAAGAAAUGUACUUGCUGAGCAAUAAAUUAAAUAUGCAUUAUUUAG